AUGGAGGUGGCCCAAAAAAACGGGAUUGGUGCUUCGAAGGCGAAGGGCUUGGGACAGGGCCUGGUGGUGAAUGUUACCGGGAUUGCAGUUGGCACUGGCUUAGCCUCGGCUUGUGAUACCCUGAUGUCUCAGUCCUAUGGAGGCAAGAACCUAAAACGCGUGGGGAUCAUCCUUCAAAGAGGAAUUCUCAUCUUGAUGCUGUGUUGCUUUCCCUGCUGGGCCAUCUUCAUCAAUACCGAGCACAUCCUCCUUCUCUUAAGACAAGACCCUGAAGUCUCCAGGAUAGCCCAAAUUUAUGUGAUGAUUUUUAUUCCUGCCCUUCCUGCAGCGUUCUUGUUCCAGCUGCAGACAAGAUAUUUACAAAGUCAGGGCAUCAUCAUGCCUCAGGUUAUUACUGGGAUCGCAGCAAAUGUCAUCAACAUGGGCAUGAAUGCUCUCUUGCUGUACGUCCUGGACCUCGGAGUGGUGGGAUCUGCCUGGGCCAAUACCACAUCCCAGUUCCUCCUGUCUGCUCUGCUGUUCUUCUACAUGUGGUGGAAAAAAAUUCACGUCAGCACCUGGGGAGGUUGGACGAUGGAGUGCUUCCAGGAGUGGGACUCCUACAUCCACCUGGCUGUUCCCAGUAUGUUCAUGGUGUGCAUUGAGUGGUGGACCUUUGAGGUCGGAACCUUCCUGGCAGGACUGAUUGAUGUGACGGAGCUUGGAGCCCAGGGCAUCGUCUAUGAACUGUGCUCAGUGGCCUACAUGGUGCCCCUUGGCUUUGGUGUUGCAGCUAGCGUCCGAGUGGGCAAUGCACUGGGGGCAGGAAAUGUCGAGCAGGCUCGGUGCUCCUGUACCACCGUUCUCCUGUGUGCCGGUGUUUGUGCACUUGCAUUGGGACUUUUCCUUGCGACUUUGAAGGAUGUGGUUGCCUAUAUAUUCACUGGUGACAAAGAUGUCGUUUCUCUUGUGAGCCAAGUGAUGCCUAUUUUUGCUCCCUUUCAUAUAUUUGAUGCCCUUGCAGGCACCUGUGGUGGAGUCCUGAGAGGUACAGGAAAACAAAAGAUUGGUGCUAUCUUGAAUGCCAUUGGUUACUAUGUUUUGGGUUUUCCCAUUGGGGUAUCUCUGAUGUUUGCUGCUAAACUUGGGAUAAUAGGUCUCUGGUCUGGGUUGAUUGUGUGUGUCUUCUUUCAAGCCCUGUUCUACUUGGUGUGCAUCUUGAGGAUCAACUGGAAUAAAGUUGCAGAGGAGGCACAGGUUCGAGCUGGGCUCAAAAGGAGUAAGGAGACCACACCUGCCCCCACAGAUCUGUCAGUCCUGGGAAGAGAAGUAACUGAUGGAAUAAUUUUGCCUGAUGUCAUCAGACUAGAGAGCCAGACCCUCCAACUGAUGGUGGUGGAAGAAAGCCCCCAGUUCUCAGUGUCCACCGGCGGGAAUAUCUUGACAGUGCGACAACUUAUUCUGUAUCGUGGAAUGGCUUUAGCCCUUGCUGUUGUGGUCCUUUUAGCAGGAAUUUUCAUAAGAGUUUUUACUGACCGUGGCUGA